AUGCUCAUCUCCUUUCUCCUAUUACUCUUCGCCGGUCCUCUAGCUGCCGUCCAAAAUGGGACGAAGCAGGUCCCAGUGGUUAUCUGGCAUGGAAUGGGUAACCUUAUAACUUCUCUGCUGCUUUCUUCCACUUUUCCUUUCUCACAGGUGACUGCUGUUGCAACCCUCUCUCGAUGGGAUCUGUCAAGAAAUUGAUUGAAGAGACGGUCCCGAACGUUUAUGUGCACAGUUUGCAGUUGGGAUCAUCCAUUGCGAAGGACAUCGAGCACGGAUUCUUCGCGAAUGUCAAUGAACUCGUCUACAUGGCGUGUAUCAAGAUCAGAAAUGAUCCGGAGCUCAAGAACGGCUUCAAUGCGAUCGGUUUCUCGCAAGGAGCUCAAUUUCUGUCAGUUUCCGCUCCAGUUAUUGUCCAUUUCUAACCGUGCUCAUUUCCAGAAGAGCUGUCGCCCAAAGAUGCCCAAAUCCGCCAAUGAAGAACUUGAUUUCCGUGGGCGGUCAGCAGCAGGGCGUUUCGGAGCGCCCUACUGCAUCGGAGACAACAUCAUGUGCAACAGCAUGAGAAAACUGCUCGACUUGGGUGCGUACACUCCGUUCGUACAGAAAAGGUCGGAAGGAACUGAUCAUUGUUAUCAGACAAUAUCGGUUUUGUUUGCAGAGUCGUUCAGGCGCAGUACUGGCAUGACCCGAACAAUCCGGAAGAGUACAAGAGACGGUCCAUCUUCCUCGCUGACAUUAACAAUGAGAUUGUGAGAGCCGACUGCUGACUCAUACAGAAUAAUCAAAAGAUGUUCAGGAAAACAAUCCGUCGUACAAGAGGAACUUGCUGAAUCUCAAAAACUUGGUACUCGUCAAAUUUAACGACGAUCACAUGGUCGUUCCGAAGGAAUCAUCGGUAAGAAAAAGGAAACGUCGGAGGGGAAAAGAAGAUGUUUCAGUGGUUCGGAUUCUACAAAAACAGGGAUAUUGAAACGAUUUUGGCCAUGAAUGAAACCGAGUUGUACAAAGAGGACCGGAUCGGAUUGAGAAAGCUGAACGAGAGCGGGCGACUCCAUUUCAUCGCAGUGGACGGAGAUCAUUUGCAGAUUCCGAGAGAGACGCUCGUGAAUGAUAUAAUCAAAAAAUACUUUAUGUAG